GCAAAUUACAAAGCACCAGUGUUAUAAAAAUUAUAUUUUUUUAUUACGGUACUCUUAAAAUGAAACUUUAAGUUCUGUUUAUAUUAAUUUAUAUUUAAGUAUUAGUAAAAGUCACACAACACUUUCAACUAUGUCUUUUUCAUUUGGUACCCCAUCAAGCGCCCCGGCAGCAACGGGUUUAUCUGGAGGUUUUAGUUUUGGCGCUAAUAAACCAGCUACUCCAGCAUUUGGUUUAACUGCGACGACUCAACCUGCGACUGGUCUAUUCGGAACUCCAGCUACAUCUGCUCCAGCGUUCGGGUCUGCUUUCGGAACCACAUCAACUGCUCCUGCAUUUGGCGCUACGUCGAGCGCGCCUACCUUUGGAGCCACGACGAGUACUCCUGCGUUUGGCGCUACAACCACUCCAGCUUUUGGAGCUUCAACAUCAUUUGGUGCAACAUCAAGUGCCCCAGCUUUUGGAGCGAAUACAGCACUUUCAUUUGGAACUAGUGCUGCUCCUGCAUUUGGAGCAACAACUACUCCUGCCUUUGGUGGAACGACUACAUCAUUUUCUACAGGUCUAGGAGGUGGAUUAAAUUUUGGUACUGGAACAAGCACAGCAGCGACAACAGGCUUAUCACUUGGUACUAGUACAACGACAAGCACUGGUCUUGGUGGACUUGGUAGUUUUGGUUUUGGUACAGCUACGACAACAUCAACCGGUUUUGGAUUGUUUGGUUCAACAAACACUGCCACAACAAGUGCAAGUGCAUUCAGUACAAACCUAGGUCUGGGGGGUGCCACACAACAGGGGACAAAUAAUGCUACAACAGCUGAUGGAAAAAGUGAGCCCCCGAAGCAAACGAAGUUGCCGAACGAAAUAUCAACAACAGUAGAGUCUUUCAAGGAGUUUGUCAAGAAGCAGAAGUCGCUGAGUUCAGAUGUGAUGCGCGUAUCAAUAAAACCAUUGCAUAAGGUGGGCCGCGAGGCGGAGACGACCCUUCGAGCGGUGCUGGCGCUGCGCGGCGAGUGCGGGCGCGCGCGCGCACAGUCCAAGCGCCUGCGCGCCGCCGCCGCCGCAGCGCUGGCAGCCGCUGAGAGCGCGGCGCGCGACCCGCCAGGUAUCGAGCUCGAAGGUCUGACGCCACCGAAUUACGUCAAGGAUCUGAUAGCGGAACUGGAACAACAUCUGAUAACGUUCCGGCGACAGAUGGAUGUGGCCGACAAACAGAUGCAAUCGUCUCCCAAGCUGCUUACCGAACAAGAACUAACCCUGGGUAUACGUCGGAUGCACGAGUCGUUGGUAGCGCUCGCGGGCAGGCUGCAAGCGGUUCACACUCAGGUCGAAGCUCAAAAGGAACAAUAUCUCAACCUUCGAAAGUACAUACUCAAAGAUCCUACCAAUGUAUUUGAUACACCUUCACCAAGCGCAAGCUUAGAUCAAAUACUGCGUGAUGCUGAAGGCACCAGGAAGAAGACAAAGCCGGGAAAUGUAAGCGACGUCGGUCUGAGUAGCGCCGUUCUCUCCGACCCCCGAGCAGCUUUAGGAAACAUUCAACAGCUGGCUGGUCCAUCACCGUUCACGUACUUGGGUAGUACUCUGUCUACGUUCCCGACCGGAGACACUACUGGAUCAAACUGGCAACCACAAGCGAACCCGCAGACGAAUCUGAACACAUCGCUGAACUUAACAUUUGGUGCAACGACACAGAACGAUUCGGGAUUCCAGCUUCAGAAGCCGCCCGGGAAACGCGGGAAACAAUGAUAUUGGAGAUAAUAUACGAGAUAAUGGACUCCAUAAGUAUGCGAAAUAAAGUUCAGUUUCGAUUAAACUCUGUUUUUUAAGUGAGUGGGUUUUAGCGUACUAAUGAAAGAGACGAAGCGUAUUUUAAUGUUAAUUAUAAUAAUAUUUUAGUUUAAAGGUAGUUAAUUUUUCUCAUAAAUAACGUUUUUAUUCACGAGAGUCGAGAAUUUAACAUUCCAAAACUGCCAAUUGAAAGUAUCAAGUAUCUUUAAAAACAUAAUGUCUAUCGAUUAGUUAUUUUUAAAUAAUGUACAAAUGUUGACAUUAAUUUUGUAUAAAUGUUACAAUAGAAUUAAAUUAAGAUUUAACAUGAAAUCCUGCCACAUGUGUAUUCUACCAACCCGCAUUGGAGCAGCGUGGUGGAAUAAGCUCCAAACCUUCUCCUCAAAAGGGAGAGGAGGCCUUAGCCCAGCUGUGGGACAUUAACAGGCUGUUACUGUUACUGUUACUGUUAUAACAUGAAAGGGUAUAGAAAGUUAUUUAAAGAAAACGAAGUAUGUCGGAUUAAUUCUAUAUUAAUAUUAUAAAUACGAAAGUAAAUCGUAUCUGUCUGUCUGUUUGUACGUUUUCACUUCUAAAACUACUGGAUCGAUUUUGAUUAAAUUUGACAGAAGAAAGUUUGAAAACCAAAGAAAGAUUAAUGCUACCUGACGCCUACAUCAAACAUGCAAGCGAAGACCAGUUACAAAUCAUUACCUACCAGUGGGACGAUUUACAUCCAGCACAGUUAAUAAAUAGUCAACGCUUUAGCUCAGCUGUGGUACAGCAAAAAUACUGUAAAUAAGUAUAUAUAUCUCGAUCUAAACGCUAUUUAUCUCAAUACCAGGCCACUCCUGUUUUUAUUACUUGAUCAUAGAGAUUAUGUGCAAGCCUGUUUGGGUACAACGCCAUUAUUAAAAAUCGUUAUGUUCCGGUUUGAAGGGUCCGUGAUUAGUAACAACAGACAAAGGACAUGACAUCUUAGUUGAGAACUAUAGAUAGAUUGAUAGAUUGUACUGGCGGUAGAGCUUUGUGCAAGCUCGUCUGGGUAGGUACCACACACUCAUCAGAUAUUCUACCGCAAAACAGCAGUACUUGGUAUUGUUGUGUUCCGGUUUGAAGGGUGAGUGAGCCAGUGUAAUAACAGACACAAGGGACAUAACAUUUUAGUUCCCAAGGUUGGUGGCGCAUUGGUGAUGUAAGCGAUGGUUAACAUUUCUCACAAUGCCAAUGUCUAAGGGCGUUGCUGACCACUUACCAUCAGGUGGCCCAUAUGCUCAUCCGCCUUCCUAUUCUAUAGAAGAAAAAAUUGGCGACUUAUUGGCGAUGUGAAAAAUAGUUAAUAUUUCUUACAGUCUGGCGGUGAUGACCACUUACUAUCAGGUGGUCCAUUUCCUCGUCAGCCUAACACAAUAUAUAAUACUGUUUCAUAGUUUGUAAUUAAAUUAAUAAAUUUGUAAACGCUAAUGUUAAAAUAAAAUGAGUCAUAUAUGUCGUAAUAAUAUAGAAAUAUUACUAUAAUUAAAUUAAAAAGAAUGCUAUAAUUUUUGGUUUAUAUUUACCUAUAUAAUUAAUUAAAAGAGCCAGUCAUAUCUAUACCAUACUAAACGUAAAAUAAGUUUAUAAAAGGAAAUAGUGAAAACAGGUUCUAUAUAAAAACGUUUUUUAUUGUUUUGUGAUCUGUACCACCCGUUCCGCGAACGUUACGCGGGGAUUAUUUUUAAAAAAACAUCUUCAUAUUUUUAAAAUUCUUCGAAAAUAAAUAAAUCGCUUCGAAUUGCAAAGCGUAAAAAGGCUUGUUUAAAAUAAUAUGUUAUUUAUCUUAUGAUAUAAUAUAUGCAUUAAUUCUUAUCAUAGAAUUGUUAGGUACUUGUGAGAUUUAUUUAUAAAAUAUAGAUAAACCCUGUCGCUGACUUUUCAGUAGUAGACAUAUUUGAGAACUGAAUACCGUACCGUAUUGAAUAUCCAUGUAAAAUAUUAUGACGGGAAAAAAAUCAUUUAAAUCGGAUUGGCGCUUUGACAUAUAAACCCGAUACCAUUAUACUAUUACUACUGAUUAUCAAAUUCAUAUCUUUAUAGUACAAGAAAUUCCAAAUUUAAAUAUUAAUCUUAUUGCGGCAUAUAUAACUAUAUACAUUUCUAUAUCAUGUAUGUGCAAAUGUUAAACAUAUAACACGAAUAGAGUUGAAUUUUGUAAUGUAUAA